CUCGCGAGAGCAGGUGGGAGCGCGCCAAAUUUCUCCGGGGAAGCUGAGGAGAUCUGGCGGCGCGAUGGUGCUGAGCAACACCGGGCGGCGGCACGCGGAGCCGGGCGCGGACGCCGAGGCCAGUCGGGAUGAUGGCCCCUCUUCCUCAGUCUCAGCAGUUAAGCGCCUGGAGCGAAGUCAGUGGACGGAUAAGAUGGACUUGCGGUUUGGAUUUGAGAGGUUGAAAGAGCCUGGUGAGAAGACGGGCUGGCUCAUCAACAUGCACCCUACUGAAAUCUUAGAUGAAGAUAAACGCUUAAUCAGUGCGGUGGAUUACUACUUUAUUCAAGAUGAUGGGAGCAGAUUUAAGGUGGCAUUGCCUUACAAACCUUACUUCUACAUUGCAACCAGAAAGGGUUGUGAGCGAGAAGUUUCUUCCUUUCUCUCCAAGAAGUUUCAGGGUAAAAUUGCAAAAAUAGAGACUGUGCCUAAGGAGGAUCUGGACUUGCCAAAUCACUUAGUGGGUUUGAAGCGAAAUUAUAUCAAACUCUCCUUCCACACUGUGGAGGAUCUUGUUAAAGUGAGGAAGGAGAUAUCCCCUGCUGUGAAGAAGAACCGGGAGCUGGACCACGCAAGCAAUGCAUACACAGCUAUGCUAUCCAGUGUGUUGCAGGGGGGUGGUGUGAUUACUGAUGAAGAGGAAGCCUCUAAGAAGAUAGCCAACCAACUGGACAACAUAGUGGACAUGCGGGAGUAUGACGUCCCCUAUCAUAUCCGCCUCUCCAUUGACCUCAAAAUACACGUGGCCCAUUGGUAUAACGUCAGAUUCCGAGGAAACGCUUUUCCAGUGGAAAUUGCCCGCCGAGAUGACCUUGUUGAACGACCUGACCCUGUGGUUCUGGCAUUUGACAUCGAGACGACCAAACUACCCCUCAAAUUUCCUGAUGCUGAGACGGACCAGAUCAUGAUGAUUUCUUACAUGAUUGAUGGCCAGGGCUACCUCAUCACCAACAGGGAGAUUGUUUCAGAAGACAUUGAAGACUUCGAGUUUACCCCCAAGCAAGAAUAUGAGGGGCCCUUUUGUGUCUUCAAUGAACCUGAUGAGGUUCAUCUGAUCCAGAGGUGGUUUGAACAUAUCCAGGAAACCAAACCCAGCAUCAUGGUCACCUACAAUGGAGACUUCUUUGAUUGGCCAUUUGUGGAGGCCAGGGCAGCAGUCCAUGGCCUGAGCAUGUAUCAGGAGAUCGGCUUCCAGAAGGACAACCAGGGGGAGUACAAGGCGCCCCAGUGCAUCCACAUGGAUUGUCUCAGGUGGGUGAAGAGAGACAGCUAUCUUCCUGUGGGCAGUCAUAAUCUUAAGGCAGCUGCUAAGGCCAAGCUGGGCUAUGACCCUGUAGAGCUGGACCCUGAGGACAUGUGCCGAAUGGCCACUGAGCAACCCCAGACUCUGGCUACAUAUUCAGUGUCAGAUGCUGUUGCUACUUACUACCUGUACAUGAAGUAUGUCCACCCUUUCAUAUUUGCCCUCUGCACCAUUAUUCCCAUGGAGCCCGAUGAGGUGCUGCGGAAGGGCUCUGGCACGCUGUGCGAGGCCUUGCUGAUGGUGCAGGCCUACCAUGCCAACAUCAUCUUCCCCAACAAGCAGGAGCAAGAGUUCAACAAGCUGACAGAUGAUGGCCAUGUCCUGGAUGCUGAGACCUACGUUGGGGGGCAUGUGGAGGCACUGGAAUCUGGGGUCUUCCGAAGUGACAUCCCCUGCCGGUUUAGGAUGAAUCCUGCCGCCUUUGACUCCCUGCUGCAGCGAGUUGAGAAGACCUUGCGUCAUGCCAUUGAAGAAGAGGAGAAGGUGCCAAUGGAGCAAGUAACCAACUUCCAGGAGGUGUGUGAUCAGAUUAAGACCAAGCUUAGCUCCCUGAAAGAUGUCCCUAACCGAAUCGAGUGUCCCCUUAUCUACCACCUGGAUGUGGGAGCAAUGUACCCCAACAUUAUCCUGACAAACCGCCUACAGCCCUCAGCCAUGGUGGAUGAGGCCACCUGUGCUGCAUGUGACUUCAACAAGCCUGGAGCCAACUGCCAGAGGAAGAUGGCUUGGCAGUGGAGGGGCGAGUUUAUGCCUGCCAGUCGCAGUGAAUAUCAUCGGAUUCAGCACCAGUUGGAGUCAGAAAAGUUUCCCCCCUUGUUCCCAGAGGGACCCGCUCGAGCCUUUCACGAACUGUCACGUGAGGAACAAGCUAAAUAUGAGAAGAGGAGGCUGGCAGAUUACUGCCGGAAAGCCUACAAAAAGAUCCACAUCACUAAGGUGGAGGAGCGCCUCACCACCAUCUGCCAACGGGAGAACUCCUUCUACGUGGACACAGUGCGAGCCUUUCGGGACAGGCGCUACGAGUUCAAAGGGCUUCACAAGGUGUGGAAAAAGAAGCUUUCAGCAGCUGUGGAGGUGGGUGACGCAGCUGAGGUGAAGCGCUGCAAGAACAUGGAGGUGCUGUAUGACUCCCUGCAGCUGGCCCACAAGUGCAUCCUCAACUCCUUCUACGGCUAUGUUAUGCGCAAAGGAGCUCGCUGGUACUCCAUGGAGAUGGCUGGCAUCGUCUGUUUCACAGGGGCCAACCUCAUCACUCAGGCCCGGGAGCUCAUUGAGCAGAUCGGGAGGCCCUUGGAACUGGACACAGAUGGAAUAUGGUGUGUCCUGCCGAAUAGCUUCCCAGAAAAUUUUGUCAUCAAGACGACUAAUGCGAAGAAGCCCAAGGUGACCAUUUCCUACCCUGGAGCCAUGUUGAACAUCAUGGUCAAGGAAGGUUUCACCAAUCACCAGUACCAGGAGCUGGCAGAACCUUCCUCCCUCACCUAUGUCACCCGCUCAGAGAACAGCAUCUUUUUUGAGGUUGAUGGGCCCUACCUCGCCAUGAUCCUUCCAGCCUCCAAGGAAGAAGGCAAGAAACUGAAGAAGAGGUAUGCUGUGUUCAAUGAAGAUGGAUCUCUGGCUGAGCUAAAGGGCUUUGAGGUGAAACGCCGUGGGGAGCUGCAGCUGAUUAAAAUCUUCCAGUCCUCGGUAUUUGAGGCCUUCCUCAAGGGUAGCACGCUGGAGGAGGUAUACGGUUCUGUUGCCAAGGUGGCCGACUACUGGCUGGAUGUGCUGUACAGUAAGGCUGCCAACAUGCCAGAUUCUGAGCUGUUCGAGCUCAUCUCCGAGAACCGGUCCAUGUCACGGAAGCUGGAAGACUACGGGGAGCAGAAGUCCACGUCCAUCAGCACUGCCAAGCGCCUGGCCGAGUUCCUGGGAGACCAGAUGGUCAAGGACGCGGGCCUCAGCUGCCGCUAUAUCAUCUCCCGAAAGCCCGAGGGCUCUCCUGUCACUGAGAGGGCCAUCCCACUUGCCAUUUUCCAAGCAGAGCCUACAGUAAGGAAGCACUUUCUCCGGAAAUGGCUUAAGAGCUCGUCUCUUCAGGACUUUGAUAUUCGGACAAUCCUUGACUGGGACUACUACAUCGAACGGCUGGGCAGUGCCAUCCAGAAGAUCAUCACCAUCCCCGCCGCUCUGCAGCAGGUGAAGAAUCCUGUGCCACGUGUGAAACACCCUGACUGGCUGCACAAAAAGCUGCUGGAGAAGACUGAUGUCUACAAGCAGAAGAAGAUCAGCGAGCUCUUCACUCUGGAGGGCAGGAGACAGGUUAUGUUGGCACAGGUCUCUGACAGCAGUCCAAGGCCAGACACUCCUGACAUGGAGGACUUUGGCCUCCAAAAAUUGCCCUCCUCAGUGGUCCCUGUUGCAACCAAGAGGAAGCGAAUCCUGUGGGAAAGCCAGGAGGAGUCUCAGGACCCAGCAUUGAUUGUGCCCUGGCAGGAGAUCUUGGGGCAGCCCCCUGCCCUUGGAAACACCCAGGAGGAGUGGCUGGUCUGGCUCGGCUUCCACAAGAAGAAGUGGCAACUGCAGGCCCGGCAGCGCAUGGCUCGCAGAAAGAAGCGGCGUUUAGAGCCAGAGCAGGGUACUUCGAGGCCUGUGGCUGUUCGAGACGGGCCUGCCACGGGGCUGGGGAGCUUCUUGCGAAGAACUGCCCGCAGUGUGCUGGACCUUCCGUGGCAGAUUGUGCAGAUCAGUGAGACCAGCCAGGCUGGCUUCUUCAGGCUGUGGGCCAUCAUUGGCAGUGACUUGCACUGCAUCAAGCUGAAUAUUUCCCGUGUGUUCUAUGUGAACCAGCGAGUGGCCAAAGCAGAGGAGGGGCCUUCGUAUCGAAAGGUGAAUCGAUUCCUUCCUCGUUCCAACAUGGUCUACAAUCUCUAUGAGUACUCAGUGCCAGAGGAGCUGUACCAAGAACACAUCAACGAAAUCAAUACCGAGCUGUCAGCACCAGAUAUUGAGGGUGUCUACGAGACUCAGGUUCCUUUGUUGUUCCGAGCCAUUGUGCAGCUGGGCUGUGUGUGUGUCGUCAACAAGCAGCUGGCAAGGCACCUGUCAGGCUGGGAAACCGAAACCUUUGCUCUGGAGCACCUGGAAAUGCGUUCUCUAGCUCAAUUCAGCUACCUGGAGCCAGGGAGCAUCCGCCACAUCUACCUGUACCACCGCUCACAGGGCCACAAAGCACUCUUUGGGAUCUUCAUCCCCUCACAGCGCAGAGCGUCUGUAUUUGUGCUGGACACGGUGCGCAGCAACCAAAUGCCCAAUCUCAGUGCGCUCUACUCAGCGGAGCACAGCCUCCUGCUGGAGAAGGUGGGCCCCGAUCUCCUGCCACCCCCAAAACAUACCUUUGAAGUGCGCGCAGAGACAGACCUGAAGACCAUCUGCAGAGCCAUACAGCGUUUUCUGCUCGCCUACAAGGAAGAGCGUCGAGGGCCUACCCUAGUGGCCAUCCAGUCCAGCUGGGAACUGAAGCGGCUAGUAGGUGAGAUUCCUAUCUUGGAGGAAUUCCCACUGGUACCUGUACAUGUGGCUGACAAGAUCAGCUAUGGAGUCCUGGACUGGCAGCGGCAUGGAGCCCGACGAAUGAUCCGACACUACCUCAACCUCGACACGUGCUUGUCCCAGGCCUUUGAGAUGAGCAGGUACUUUCACAUUCCCAUUGGGAAUCUGCCAGAGGACAUCUCCACCUUUGGCUCUGACCUCUUCUUCGCACGCCACCUCCAGCGCCACAACCACCUGCUCUGGUUGUCUCCUACAGCCCGCCCUGACUUAGGCGGGAAGGAGGCUGACGACAGCCGCCUCGUCAUGGAGUUCGACGAUCAAGCCACAGUGGAGAUCAACAAUUCAGGCUGCUACUCCACGGUGUGUGUAGAGCUGGACAUGCAGAACCUGGCCGUCAACACCAUCCUUCAGUCUCACCACGUCAACGACAUGGAGGGGACUGACAGUGUGAGCGUCAGCUUCGAUGCAGUCGCCCAGGCCUCCCUUGAGGAAAUGGUCACAGGCAUUCAAGCCACCAGCACCCCAGCCAGCUAUGAUGAGACUGCUCUCCGCCCCAGCACAUUCAGGAUUCUGAAGAGCAUGGUGGUGGGCUGGGUCAAGGAGAUCACGCAGUACCACAAUGUGUACGCGGACAACCAGGUCAUGCACUUUUACCGCUGGAUCCGGUCACCGUCAUCCCUGCUCCAUGACCCUGCUCUUCACCGGACUCUGCACAACAUGAUGAAGAAGCUUUUCCUGCAGCUCAUCUCUGAGUUCAAGCGCCUGGGGUCUUCAGUUGUCUAUGCCAACUUCAACCGCAUCAUCCUCUGUACAAAAAAGCGCCGGAUUGAAGAUGCUAUUGCCUACAUAGAGUACAUCACCAACAGUAUCCACUCCAAAGAAAUCUUCCAUUCCCUGACAAUUUCCUUCUCACGGUGCUGGGAAUUUCUUCUCUGGAUGGAUCCGUCCAACUAUGGUGGAAUCAAGGGCAAAGUGUCCUCCCGUGUUCACUGUGGACAGGAAGAUCCUCAGGAAGGAGAGGCAGUGGAGGAUGACGAGGAGGAAGAUUCAGAGGAGGACGAUGUGGAGGAGUCCCAGUCCGAUGUGGAGGACUUACUAGAAAACAACUGGAAUAUCCUGCAGUUCUUGCCCCAGGCAGCCUCCUGCCAAAGCUACUUCCUCAUGAUUGUUUCAGCAUACAUUGUGGCUGUGUACCACAGCAUGAAGGACGAGCUGAGGCGCACUGCCCCAGGGAGCACCCCUGUGAAGAAGAGAAACUCCAGCCAGCUCUCCCAGGAAGCUGAAGGGGCAGCUGGAGCCCUUCCUGGAAUGAUUACCUUCUCUCAGGAUUAUGUGGCAAAUGAGCUGACUCAGAGCUUUUUCACCAUAACCCAGAAAAUCCAGAAGAAAGUCACAGGAUCUCGGAACUCGACAGAGCCUUCAGACAUGUUCCCUGUGCUCCCUGGUUCUCAUUUGGUGCUCAGCAAUCCUGCUCUGGAGUUCAUCAAAUGCGUAUGCAAGGUCCUGUCCCUGGACACCAACAUCACUAACCAGGUGAAUAAGCUGAACCGAGACCUACUGCGCCUGGUAGGUGUCGGCGAGUUCUCCGAGGAGGCCCAGUUCAGAGACCCCUGCCGCUCCUAUGUGCUCGCGGAGGUCAUCUGCCGCAGCUGUAAUUUCUGCCGGGACUUGGACUUGUGCAAAGACUCUGCCUUCUCUCAGGAUGGGGCCAUCUUGCCUCAGUGGCUCUGCUCCAACUGUCAGGCCGCCUAUGACUCAUCUGUCAUCGAGAUGGCCCUGGUGGAGGCCCUGCAGAGGAAGCUGAUGGCCUUCACCCUGCAGGACCUGGUCUGUGUGAAGUGCCGUGGAGUGAAGGAGACCCACAUGCCCGUGUACUGCAGCUGCGCUGGAGACUUCUCCCUCACCAUCCGCACUCAGAUCUUCAUGGAGCAGAUUGGAAUCUUCCAGAACAUUGCCCAGCACUAUGGCAUGUCGUAUCUCAUGGAAACCUUGGAGUGGCUGAUGCAGAAAAGCCCUCAGCUAGGCCCCUAGUAAACCAGAAACCCCCUGCUCCAGAACUCUGUCCCCGGCCCCAAGGAACCCCAUCACCACCCCAUCUCUCCACCACAGACCAAGGGAGUGGGGUUAACCUAGGUGGCACCACCGGACAGGAGUGGGAAAUGGCUCCACCCUACCAUGCACCUCCUAAAGUAGCUGUGGGCUCCCUACAUCAUUUCCCAUCAAUAAAUGUGUUUCAUGUUUUGCACUUUGA